UCGCGGGAUAUCUGCAAUCCGGCGUGUCGCAAAUUCCUCAGAGGGGGAGGUAGGAAGGGAAACACUAAAAAGAGGGAGGGGAGGAGUGAGAUUCAGAGAGAGCAGCCCGAAGAGUCAGAGAAGCAGGAGGCCAGCAUGUCGCUCACCAAAGCCGUGUGUCUGCCUUCAUCCAUCCAGAUAUGCAGGCAUAUUUGGACUCACUUUAGAAGAGCAUGUGCCACCAUAAGUGGUUACAGGAUUAUGCGCCCGGAUGAUGCCAAUAUUGUUGGCAACGUCCACGGUGGCACCAUUCUGAAGAUGAUUGAAGAGGCCGGAGGCAUCAUUAGCACUCGCCACUGUAAUACACAAACAGGGGAACGCUGUGUAGCAGCUCUGGCUCGUGUUGAGCGCACUGAUUUCUUGCACCCCAUGUUCAUUGGAGAAGUGGCCCAUGUGAGUGCGGAGAUUACCUAUGUGUCCAAACACUCGGUAGAGGUGCAGGUCAACGUCAUUGCAGAAAACAUCCUCACAGGGACAACGAAAGUGACUAAUAAGGCAACGUUGUGGUAUGUUCCCUUCUCUUUGGAAAACGUUGACAAGAUCGUUGAAGUCCCCUUAAUUGAGUAUAAAAGCAAUGAGCAGGAAAUUGAAGGCAAGAAACGAUAUGAGGCUCAAAAGAUGGAACGGUUGGAGACCAAGCAACGGAACGGCGAAAUCAUUAUGCCUGUAAUCAGCCCAGACAGACAAGCUAAAGAGCCAUUCUCUGUGGGAUUCAGCCAAUCCAGUUUGAUUCACUUGGUGGGACCUUCAGACUGCACACUGCAUGGCUUUGUCCAUGGAGGAGUUACUAUGAAACUUAUGGAUGAAGUUGCUGGAAUCAUUGCAGCCCGACACUGCAAAACCAACAUUGUUACUGCUUCUGUUGAUGCCAUCAACUUUCAUCGCAAGAUCAAAAAAGGCUGUGUGGUGACUGUUUCUGGCAGGAUGACAUUUACCAGCAACAAGUCGAUGGAAAUCGAAGUGUUUGUAGAUGCUGACCGUGUUUUUGAACCUGAGAAGUACCGGGCUGUCAGCGCCUUCUUCACUUUCAUCUCUCUGGACAAAGAUGGGAAACCUUUACCUGUUCCUCCUCUCAAGGUUGAAACUGAAGAAGAAAGGAAGCGAUUUGAGGAAGGAAAAGUCCGUUAUCUUCAAACAAAAGCUAAGAGGCAAACAGAGAAAGCAAGGCAGCAAUGACCUUCAACCUGCAUCAAUGUGAGGAGAGACCCUUAGUGCUGAAUGACAGCAGUAUUAAGUAGAGCUACUAAAAUAAUUACAAGAACCAUGUUCUGUUUUCAGAAGAAAUGUCUUGUUAUUUAUGUGUAGAUGCUGCAAACCAAAGUCUUGCACCUUCCCAUUCUUCUGUAUUAUUUAUGAUAAAGUAUUUCACUAUAUGCAAGUGUUAUAAAGAUUGAUGUACCAUGUGCUAAAUAAAGGUGGCCAAGCCAGCUG